AAACAGGUCCCGGGGAUGUACGUGAAUAUGGGAGGAAAGUUGCGAUGGCUAGUGUUCUAUUAUGACUUAUGAGUACAAUGGGGUAGGUGGCGGGUGGGGCAGAGUAAAGAUCUGGGCAAGAGGACGAUUCAGGUGUGUGAAGCAGCACGGACAGACCUAGCUAUGUUCCUGGAUCUCCGCGAUGUUGGGUGUGAGUGUUAGAACAUUCAUUUGCGUAGUUCAAGUUGGAUGGACUGCCUUAUGGUGAGCGACCCUGCUGGAACGGCCAGCGAAUGUUUCAAGACAGCGAGGUGUUGAAGGUCAAUGCAGCUUAGGAGUGAUGGAUUUGGGUCAAGACUACAUGGUACAGAAUCACGGCUGCCAGGCGCGCGAUGUCAAUCCUGACACCCAUUUGCCUUCGGGAGCAAUGCAAUUGCAAGACGAUUGUACCUCUAGCUCAAGCUCAAGUGCAAAUGGCUCUUUUGUUGAAGAUGUAGACGUUGUCCUGACUUCACAACAGCUGCUGCUCGCUCUUCCAAAUGAAGUGCUGGAGUGCAUCCUCUGUCACACCGACAUCCCAUCGCUGUGUGCUGUGUCCGAGACAUGCUGGCGACUGCAUAAUGUUCAAAGUUCAGACAAAGUGUGGAAUGCAGCAUUCUUUAGAAGGUACCCCCGCCUGGCUGCCUCUACCCACCAGGCAGAGCUGGAUCUGGCUCUGAGUCAGGUGGAGCGCAACUGGCGGCGCCUUGCGGCGUGGCGCAGCUCGCUGGGUGUGCUGGUUUGCCACAUGCUGGACCAGAUGGGUGACAAGUACUACAGCGUGGGUGGCCUGCCUGACCCAGCCAUGCAGCAGAUGUGCGAGCUGGUGGCCGAGCACGGCACACUGCUGGUCAAGGACGAGCUGCUGGAGAUCCUGGACUCGGAGCUCGUCGACUCGCGCGAGUACAUCUCGCGGCGCUACUACGCGCGGAUGCUGUACCGCGAGCUGCACCGCGACCUGGUGCUGCUGCCGCUGUUCCGCCAGUUCAUGCGCCGGCCCACCCACCACAUGAACAUCCCCGAGGCGCUGCACCUCAUCGACCUGUGGGUGGCGCCGGAGAAACGGCGCCGCGACGACUCGGAGCUCAAAUGAGAACGUGGAGCUGGCGGAUGAACCGUGCCCCAUCGGACACCGCGAGAUCGGACGAUACUUCGUGCGCUACGACGGCCGACGCUAUGUGCCAGUGGCGGCGUUGGCGCAGCGCUACCCUGACCCGGGCGAGACGGACGCCAGUGACGAGGCGGAGCCUGCCGGGGCCGCCGGCGGCGAGCAGGAGCCGGCCGGAGCCGCCGGCGGCGAACCGGGGGCCAGCGGCGCCGCUCCCGGGCCGGUCGGCGCGCUGCCGACUCUGGUGGAGGAGGCGGACGAGACGGAGGAGGUGGUACUGGAGGAGGGCGAGCCGCUGGAGAGUGGUGGCGGCGGGGUGGCGCUGGGAGACGGCCGCUGACGGGGGCAGCCGCGCCGAGGAGGGGCGGCUCCCGACCUGGCUGUGAUGGCCCCGGGCCGGUGCGUGGUCGCUGAUGGACUGAAGCCACCGCUCUUGAGCAGUGGUCGUACCGAGCUAGCCCUGGUACACAUCACACAUCAACCAAGGCGUGGAGUGUUGCCGGGAUCUAUCCUGUGGCGUGUUUGUUUUCUGUUGGGCUGCCGUGCCGUGUGUUCCAUGAAUAUUAUCGCCUUGAUUCUGAGCAGCUUUAUACUGUUUAGACGAUAGAUGGUGCACAUCCAAGGCAUGGGACGUUGCCGGGAUCCCCCGGCAUGAUUGUUUUCUGUUGGGCUGCCUUUCCGUGUGUUCCAUGAAUAUUAUCGCCUUGAUUCUGGUCAGCUGUAUACUGUAGAUAUGAUAGGUGUAACCCUGUACAAGAUGCAUGCGGUGUUUUACAGGCGCUUACUAAAGCCAUUUUGAUACGUAGUUGUGCCUUCUAGAGGCGCAGUGUGUUGCUUCGGUGUAGUCAGGCUUGUUCGGUACAACUGAGACCGGUGCCUUCACUUCAUUCGAGAUGUCAGUCUGUCUAUUUGUUGCAAGAACUGUGUGGUCUGUCCGCCAAUUUUAUCAUCGAAUGGAACUCGCCGGUUGUGUCUUGGCAGCCACUCUUCCAGGUGAAUGCAUGCUGCCACGACUAUGUGACUGAUUUGCAGUUUGCUCAGAAUCUAACAUGUCUGAUUAAUGCGAAGGCAACGCGUUCUACCACCAUGUGCUGGCACAAUUUGUCGCUUAAAUAAGUAUAAUGACAACAAAU